CAGUAACCUGUGACCUUUGUAGAAAGACGCAGUGCGACGAGGCCGACAGAUUUCUGUGUAGUCGUCAGAAUUUUCGGCGAUUUCGUCAUUUUCUAGCGAAUUUACACCGUAUAUCGGUCCGGAUUUGGUUGUUGUGCAGUGCCUGCUACACUAACAAAGAUGGGACGCCGCAAGUCAAAGAGGAAGCCAGAGGCGAAAAAGCGGCAGGACCCGCUGGAGACCCAGUUCACGUGUCCGUUCUGUAACCACGAAAAGGCUUGCGAAGUGAAGAUGGAUCGAACUCGGAAUGUUGGCACGGUAACAUGUCGAGUCUGCCUGGAGGACUUCCAAACUCCAAUUAACUACUUGUCAGAAGCAGUGGACGUCUACAGCGAUUGGAUAGAUGCCUGUGAAUCAGCCAAUCAGUAGCAGCGACACAAAUUGACAGCUUUCAUCAAAGGCUGAAUUGUGAUUGGACAGUUGCACAGUGUGAUAGCCAAUGAGGAUGAUGCUUUUUGCUUAAUACGGGGGCAAAGUUUGGAUGAGUCAACUAGACUAGAUGAUAAGAGUAGAAGAUUGUAUGAAGUACCAUAACAGUUGUCCACUGCUGAUUCUAAAUACAUAAUUAUUACUAGUACCCCUGGAACAUGUAGGUGUUUUGUGUGUGAAAUUUCUGUAGCCUUACAUGUACACUGUAUGUGGCUUCUUCAAUAAUCACAAAAAUGUCAGCCACUUAUUCUGAUACAAGCUCUACAGAAAGCUGUAGCAGGAAAUGAAGCUAGU